AUGUUCCCCGCGACCAUGGCCUACGAGCCCCCGGCGCUCUAUGCCGAGGCUCCCAGCUACAUGUACAAUACCCGCUCCUCGCCCAGCGGCCCCUUUGACGAAGGCGACAUGAGGGCCGGAUCUUCCAACCUCUCCACCACUUCGGCACCCUCCGCUGCCUCCUCCGCCGUCGGCUCUCCUCAGUCGAAUCACGGCCAACUUGCCGCCAUUCCUGAGUGGGCGCCGCAGACCAUGACCGUCUCUCCCAACAUCGUCGGUCAGCACGACUACUUCCCUACCGGUACCGAGUACUCGACCUUUGGCCCAGGUAUGGACGAAUACGCUUCUUACGAUUUCUGCAAUGGCACCAAGCCUCAUGGCUUUGUUGACCCGUCGCUCAUCCAUCCCGAGAUCAGCCGCCCAAUCCACAUCACAUUUGACGCACCCUUCCAGUCCACGGCGAACGCCUAUCCCAAUUCUCCCGCUCUGUCUCACGGCGCGUCGUCGCCUCAGCCCAUGAUGCGCAACGGCAGCCACAGCGACGAGUCCAAGGAGAAGUCGCGCUGCCCCCAUCCCGACUGCGGCAAGGCCUUCAAGGAUCUCAAGGCCCACAUGUUGACCCACCAGACCGAGAGGCCCGAGAAGUGCCCCAUCCAGACGUGCGAGUACCACACCAAAGGCUUCUCGAGGAAGUACGACCGCAACAGACAUACCCUUACCCACUACAAGGGUACCAUGGUUUGCGGCUUCUGCCCCGGCUCCGGCUCCGCUGCCGAGAAGUCGUUCAACCGUGCCGACGUCUUCAAGAGGCAUCUGACCGCCGUCCACGGCGUCGAGCAGACCCCUCCCAACAGCCGCAAGAAGACGCCUUCCACCGUCACCUGCUCGCAGACGUUUGGAAACGCUCAGGACUUCUACGAGCAUCUCGACGACUGCGUGCUUCGCAUCGUCCAGCAGGAGGACCCUGCCGAGGCGGUCAACGCCAAGAGGCUGCAGGAGGUGGAGAAUGACCGCGAGGAGGAGGACGAGGACAUGCAGCAGGACGACGAGGACGAGGACGAGGAGGCCCCCACCUUCAAGAAGGGCGGUGCCGGCUCGAAGCGCAAGGCUGGCAACCCGGCCAACGGCAACCGCCGCGACUACCCCUCGUCCUGGGGCUUCGACAAGGGCCAGAUGACGAUGAAGAAGCGCGUCAUGGCCGUGUUCGAGGGACCCCGCCGCCUCGCCAAGGACGACAUGAUGCUCUCGACGGAGCACGAGGUCCGCGUCAGGCUCUCCGACGUUGACAGCUCCUACGUCACCGACCUCGACGUCCAGACCCUCAAGAGGGCCGAGGGCUUCCUCCACGCCACCGACGAGGAGAAGGGCCCCUGGAUCUCGGACGACCCCACCGAGGAUGAGCUCAAGCAGAUGAGGGACAUGCUCAGCGCUCCCGUGCAGGCGUAA